ACCUGAAAGAUGGAAACAAUAUGUAAACGCAUGGAAAAGAAUAGGAGGUAUAAUAAAUAACAUAUCAGAAAAUUGGCCAUGGAGUCUAGAGAAUAUCAACCUGACAGGUACAAAAGGCACAGAAUACAAAAUAAGCAAGGCGGAUUGGAUGAAAACAAGGUGGAUAAACAAUAAAAGAAAAGACACCUUCUGGCGCUUCCAACACAGAGCAUUACCUCUAGGGUACAGACUAACAUAUAUAAUCAAAGAUGAUAACGGAAAAUGUCCAAAUUGCCUGAGGGAGAUCCAAACACUGGAACAUUUUGGAGUUGAAUGCAAAAUAAGUAAAGAAAUUUGGCGAAUC